GGUCAGGCUGAGCGGGCGGAGGCCAGCCGCAGGCUGGAGAGGCACGCGUUGGGCUGCUGCGUUUCUGUCUGGUCAUGGCAGCGUCGCCCCUGAAAGUGUGCAUCGUGGGCUCGGGGAACUGGGGUUCAGCUGUUGCAAAAAUAGUUGGGAAUAAUGUCAAGAAACUUCAGAAGUUUGCCCCCACGGUCAAGAUGUGGGUCUUUGAAGAAACGGUUAAUGGGAGAAAACUGACAGACAUCAUAAAUAAUGACCACGAAAACGUGAAAUAUCUCCCUGGACACAGGCUGCCAGAAAAUGUGGUCGCCGUCUCCAACCUCAGGGAGGCCGUGCAGGACGCAGACCUGCUGGUGUUCGUCAUUCCCCACCAGUUCAUCCACAGAAUCUGCGAGGAGAUCACCGGCAGGGUGCCCAAGGGAGCCGUGGGAAUCACGCUUAUCAAGGGCAUCGACGAGGGCCCGGAGGGGCUGAAACUCAUUUCUGACAUCAUCCGAGAGAAGAUGGGGAUUGACAUCAGCGUGCUGAUGGGAGCCAACAUCGCCAACGAGGUAGCAGCAGAGAAGUUCUGUGAGACCACCAUCGGCAGCAAAGUAAUGGAGAAUGGCCUUCUCUUCAAAGAACUUCUGCAGACUCCCAAUUUUCGCAUUACGGUGGUUGACGACGCAGAUACUGUUGAACUCUGCGGUGCACUCAAGAACAUCGUAGCGGUGGGAGCCGGGUUCUGCGAUGGUCUCCACAGCGGAGACAACACCAAAGCCGCCGUCAUCCGCCUGGGACUCAUGGAGAUGAUCUCCUUCGCCAGGAUCUUCUGCAAGGGCCAGGUGUCCACGGCCACCUUCCUGGAGAGCUGCGGCGUGGCCGACCUGAUCACCACCUGCUACGGGGGCCGGAACCGCAAAGUCGCCGAGGCCUUUGCCAGGACAGGAAAGACCAUUGAAGAAUUGGAGAAGGAGAUGCUGAACGGGCAGAAGCUCCAAGGGCCUCAGACUUCGGCGGAAGUGUACCGCAUCCUCAAGCAGAAGGGGCUGCUGGACAAGUUUCCACUGUUUACUGCAGUGUAUCAGAUCUGCUAUGAAGGCAAACCCGUGCAAGAGAUGCUGUCUUGUCUCCAGAGCCAUCCAGAGCAUUUAUAAAGUGGAUCAUGCAGCAUGCCGGGCAAAGUUCUGCCUUUCCGAUCAGUUUGUUGGGUUCAAAUGGAAACUGGGACUUGGCAACAGGAUGUUUGCUCGACUAUAAUCCCAUCAUGGAAGUGUAUGAAUUUUUGCAGGUUCGUUUUUGAAUUUCGAGAGGCAGGUCAUUGUCUAAGGUGUACUGGGCAACAACGAGACGCACAUAUGUGAGUGUGUGUUCAUUUCUCAUUCUGUGGAUGUUUGCAUGAACCAAAAUUAAAAGUCCUUUUUUAAAAUUACUUUUGAAACUUUCCCACUGUGGUAGCUUAUAUGAUUGGGACUAUCUCAGCUAAAUUUUUAAAAUCUGAUUCAUAUGUCUUUUGAGGGAAGGAUUUUUUUUCGCAUUCUCUCGAUGGCAAACUUUAACCAGCAUUGACAACUUGGUAGAUUGGAGGAGUCAGUGUAUUCAAAGAUCAACAGACCAACUUUUAAACACUAUCUCAAAGCCAGCAUAAGUAACGACUUUGAUUGUGAGUUGAUCUUGUUUUUAACAACUAGAUCUUUUUUAUUAGGAAAUCCAUGACGUCGCUUCCUCUCACUGCCGUUUUCUGUGUUCUGAGCCUCUUUUCUCUCCUUGAGCUGCCAGAAUGUGCUUGUACAAAGGCUCAGCAGUGACGGAACACAGAAAACUCAUCUGGCAUUUCCCUGCGGUGACUGACGCAUUCUUCUGAUUAACAGCGCUUGUCUGAUGAUGUGGGUUAGGUAGCACUUUUGUGAAGACGUUUCCUUUAAGCUCCACAGAUCCUCUGGGAGGGGGCUGCUGUUAUUCCUCUUUUAAGAUGCCGUCACUGCCUGGUCACCUGGUAAGGAGAGGGCAGAGCCAGGAGUCCAGUCCAGUGCUCCCCACCCCACCAAGGUGCCCUGGGACCUUCCCAGCUGUCUGAUUUGCCCUCCAGUGUAUUGGUUGUGGCAGGUGGCCAUAUGCAACCUUCCCUGAGGCUGUGGGGGGCUUCCUGCAGCUGAGGUUUGUGUGGGACCCUUCACUCCAACUUCACUUGGAGCCUCUUAGAAAUGCAGGUUCCCAGGUCCCACUGCAGACUUCUGAAGUAGGGUUUGGUAUCUGCGCUUUAACGCACCUUCCACGUGUUUCUGGUGUUCACUACGGUUUUAGAAGCUCUGCUUUAGAAAAUUCAUUUUAGAAUGGCAUUUCUCAAACUAGUGUCCUGGGAUCCAGCGGUGGUUGGCUCUGGGUGUUCCCUGGCAAGGUCGAGUGAGCUGAGGGAGAGCUGAUUCUUGAAGAUGUAGAAUGUAUGUUAGUAGGUCAGUAGAACCUAUUUAUUCAACCUAGCCAGCCCCAAACACAUUAAAUUAUGAAGUUUUUUUUGGCGGGGGGCAAGGAAACUUGCCCAAGUUUCUAGGGGACGCUGACCUUAGUGUAACUCAAGUAUACCCUUCACACCCUGUACAAAAUUAGGAUGAAUAGCUAGCUGUGGUGGUGUUCGUUGUCAGCUUUCACAGUGCAGGUCUGCCAUGAAGCUGUGAUGAAGCUUUAAGGUGCCACUGACGGGUGCCACUGAGUAGCUGUCAACUUCGCUGGAACGCACAUUAUGCGGAAUAAGUGCUUUUAAUUCUAGAGUUAGCAUGGGAAUUACUGUAUCUUCUUCAAUGAGAUUGGUUUCAAGAUAGCAUUACCAUGACCUUACACAGCACUUGAUAAACUAUUAAAGGGAACGUACGAAUGUCACUUACAUAUCUACGGAUUUUCAGUCACUUUGUGAGAUUUUUGACUCAACUUUUUUAUUUUCCACUUUGGGACUUUUUUCCUUUCUAUAUUGGAAAUGAUUGUAGAAGAGAUUUUUGUGGGAAUUUUUAAAACUCUAUCCAAUCCACAGACGUAGAUGAAAGCACACAAAAUGCUCCAUGUUUUAUUGAUUUUAGUGCCACUAUUAAGUCAAUCAAUUUUUGCUUGUCUCAUGAUUAAUCUUUUUUAAAGUUUGUAUAUAGGUAACAAAGUGUUACUUUUUAAGAUACAUAAAGGGCUGUAAGCUAAUUGUGGUGUCUAUUAAGUAGGAUAACCAGAGGUGAAGAAUUCUGUCUUGUGUGUGUUUCUCAUCUGCAUUCAGCUUCCUGCUCUGGGUUUUGUACUUGAGAGUUUUUUCUUUACAGACACUCCCUUACCACUCCAAAGUCUGCUGACUGUACGUACCUCUUGAAAAUAUGAUAUUCUGCACAUUAAUGAAAAAGGCAAAUUUUAUAAGUUUGUGCUCUGCUAACUAGAUAUUUAUUACUCUAUGAGUUAUCUAUUUUUGUAAUCACCUGUGGUCUGUCAUCUCUUACUAAUUAUGGUAAUAAAGAGGGAGACAUCCAGAAGAGAAGCUUCAUUUGUACUAUUUCAGCCAACCUGUGAAUGUAAAAACUACACUGUUGCCUUGCUACAACCCAACCUACUGUAAUGUAAAACAGUCACCUGUCUUGAAAUCCAUCCUUGCAGGUAGAGUUGAGCUAAACUACUUCUGGUUUUUCAUUAAACUGUUGAACUGUCACAAGGCCCCAUGGCAUUGGCCCAGGGGAGGCGGGGUGCCAGUGUGCAAAGGGUUUGUUUUGUAGUUUUUCCAUUAAUUCUAAUCAAAGAGCCUUUUACUUACAUGUAUACUGUAUUUGUUUACAGACUAUAGGUGGAUAUAAUUGAUAUAAUUUAAAAGCUUGGUUUAAUAAACAUUUAACCCCCCCCCAAAGCAGUGCUACUGAUCUGAUCUUUUCUUAAACCAGUUAAUAUUUAGGCCAGCUCUGUUUUUUCUGUAUUGUCCUGCAUUAGUAAUA